AUGCUUGCUCAUCAUGAAGGAAUGAAGUCAGUGUUCAAUGUCUUGAGGUCAAUGUUGGACAUUCUUGAUUUUGGCAAAACUGAGCUUGAAUGGUUUGUUAACACAAUAGACCAAAUUUUCUGUUGUGUCUUGCAAAUUUCUGAGAACACCAGAAUUGUUGAACAAGGUACUUGGGUUCGUGAUCUAAUUCGUCGUCAUGAUGAUUGUCUAAACUCCAAAAGGGUAGUUGACUCAGACUUACCGAAUUUUACUCAAGAGCUUGAAGACUUAGAUGCUCAGGAGUUUGUUGUUAAAGAAGUAGAGGAACGAGUUCGUAUGCUUCGAGAACAACAUGAUUCUGGAAAGCUUUCUCUUAACUGUCACAUCAAAGAUGCCAAAACUUCCAUGAGGAAACAAAACAAGUUGGAUGAAGAGCUUCGCCAGUCACGUAUCGGUGAAAAAGAGCUUCUAGAAAUUGAGCAUAUCAAGGCCUCUUGCAAGUCACAGGAAGCGGAGAUCCAAACACUGAUUGAUUCAUUGGUUUCCUUUUGUAAUAAGUCCUAA